AUGACUGAUAACAUACAUUAUCAUGUUAAGAACAAUUUCGGGCAGGAUUGCCUACAACAUGUACGAUCAUUUGAGAAGACGGCUAGGAAAAUCGCGAAUUACCGCAACCAUUUGAGAUUCAGUCUACGUUGCCUCCAUGAACACGUGACACCCCGGAGUAUCAAACUCAAAAGCAGCAUUACAGGACACAAAGCAGAAAACAUUCUGAGAAAUGCGGAAAGAAAACUACUCAAUGAGAGAAUUCGACAGGUUAAUUUCAACAUUGACGUACUAAAACAGAAACACGAACAGCUUUCACAGAAAUUAUCGUCAACGCUGUCACGUGAUACAUUCGAUCGAGUAACCGAGUUCACCAGACAUGCGCAGUUAACCCAACACGAGAAAACCAAAAGACGCCAUCUUGAAAAAUUCAAGUCCUUGAAAACCUCGCGAGCGGAACUGGACAAAAACUGGCGGGAUUCUGGAAGUUUUACCACCAAUGCCAACGCAAAGAAGUGGGUCAAGAAUCUCUCCGACCGUACCCUCUCACGGAAUGAGUUGUCAGUCCUUGCAAAAGGAUUAAACUACGCUGUUGUGCCGGAAAAACCGCCCAUAGCUGAAUUCAUCACCGCUACGGAAACGGCCAUUUCCCAAGCGCGUUUGAACCAAUCCGAGGCGGAAGUACUACGCCACCAGGUAUGCACCACGAUAUGUAACACCAAGCUGCCCUCCCCGAAUAUCACCAAGGAGGAAAAUAAGGCUCUGUCUGAUCUAUCCAAGGACAAGGAUAUAGUCAUCGUCCCUGCCGAUAAGGGCAAGUGUGUGGUGGUACUGAAUAAGCAAGACUACGAUGAAAAGUGCAAGGAUCUACUGAAAGACAAGAACAUUUACAAACCUGUGGGAUGUAACCCAACCAGCGGCUACAGAAAGAAGGUGACUGCUUUUACCACUAAACUUUAUACGGAAGGGACUAUAACAGUGGAUCUCAAGAGAAAAAUAGACCCUCCCACUGAACCCUGUAUCCCAGCAUUCUAUGGGUUACCUAAGAUCCAUAAGCCGGAUCCGAUACCAGUGCGGCCGAUUGUAAGCAGUAUUGGAUCGGUGACCUACAAUCUCGCUAAAUACGCAGCCCAAAUACUAAGCCCUCUAGUGGGUCAGUCCCCACACCAUAUCAAAAACACCAAAGAAUUCGCCAAUCAGAUCAAAGACAUCUGUCUAAAGGACGAUGAGACAAUAACAUCUUUCGACGUCAAAGCAUUGUUCACGUGUAUUCCACCUGACAUUGCGAUCAAAGCGGUCCAGGAAUUUCUUCAGAAAGACACUACCCUGAAGGAACGUACAGCAUUGAGCGUCGAGCAACUCAUUGAAUUGGUGGACAUUUGUCUGAAGACUACAUAUUUCUCAUACACUGGAAAAUUCUACAAACAACAACAUGGCUGUGCAAUGGGUUCUCCAGUUUCUCCAAUCGUAGUCAACCUUUGCAUGGAAAUCUUCGAACAAAGAGCACUCAACACCUACAAAGGAAAAACACCUAGACUAUGGUUAAGAUACGUGGACGACACUUUUGUCAUCAUCGAACACAACGAACAGGUGCCUUUCUUUGAACACAUCAACAACAUUGAUGAACACAUCAAGUUCACUCAGGAGCCCUGCAAGGAGAACAAACUUGCUUUCCUAGAUUGCCUGGUCACCCGCAAUAGCGAUGGUACUCUCUCUUCUGACAUAUACAGAAAACCCACACACACAGACCAGUACCUGCAGUUUGAUUCUCACCACCCCCUGGUUCAUAAACUAGGGGUCAUCAGAACACUGCAAUAUAGGGCAGACACCAUCAUAAGUGACGAGGACCAGAUCCCCAAGGAGAAGGACCACAUCCAAACUUCACUCCAUCAAUGUGGAUACCCGAACUGGGCUUUCCACAAAGUCAACAAGAACAAACACCAACGUAAAGACAAAGGCGGGGUAAAGCCAGUUAAAGCCCGGGUCACCAUCCCCUACAUUGCCGGACUGUCUGAACGGAUCAAGAACUCUUUCAAGUCACGUGGCAUUGCCACUUGCUUCAAACCGUGCAACACCUUACGGGGGAAAGUGGUUCGAGUGAAGGACAGACAGCCCAAGGAUACACGUUCCAACGUGGUAUACGGGAUCAUCUGCGGGGAUAAAGACUGCUCGGAGUCUUACGUUGGGGAAACCAAACAAUCCCUAAAAUCCAGGACCUACCAACAUCGGCGGCCUAGCACAAACGAGGCACAAAACUCUGCUGUCUUCUUACACCUACGUGACUCUGGUCACACUCUCAGAAAUGAGGAUGUUGUGAUCCUUGAUAAGGAAGAGCAGUGGCACAAAAGAGGCAUCAAGGAAGCCAUCUGGGAAAGGGUUGAACAACCAACACUCAACAAAAGAGGGGGGCUACGCUUCAACCUUUCACAUGCAUGGGACCGGGCCAUUCAAGGGAUUCCUAGCCGUCUCUCACGUGACCAGUCCACCGGGUCACCAGUUGCCUGA